GCAGCAGAAUAAUCACGUACAAAUGACUUCCUCUAAACACAAAACCCACACAAGUUGGGCAUACAUAACACAACUUUAUUGUAUUAGUACUAGUGUAGCCUGGUCUGCUUUACAGUGUUAAUAUCAGUGUUACUUUAUUCCUUUAGAAAGGGUGUGUGAGGGCAAAUAUAUUUCUAUUCAGGUCCCCGCUCCCUCUGUGUAUCAGAAAUUAAUAAAGGGAAUGGCUAGAAUUCUAAUUACUUUGGGUUUUAUGCAGCUGCAACAUGCAGAUUGUCCUGGAUUGUAUUUCCUUUCACAGUCAGGGGAAAUAAAAGGUGCAGUGGAUCUGAUUACUAGCAGGUAACCUUAGCCUGACAGACCUACAUACAACUCUGCCUCUUCAGUUUCAGACGUGGCAAUAUUGCUUAUAAAUGUAAAAAAAAAUUCACCUAAAAAGGCUCCAGCGAUCCUGACAGCACAUAGAAUUUAUUGGUACCAUGCAGGUAAGUGCUUUCUAUCAUUUAGCUACAGUACAUGGUGCGGGAGGAGACCAUUUAGAAUUGAAAAUGUUACCGCGGGUCAUCAGCUACAAUAGGACUGCGCUGACUCCAUCCCACUUACUAAUGAACAUGCCAAUAGUAAAGUAACUGGAAAGUGGGUUAAUUUUAGUUAUUUAUGCUAGAAAUCAUGACUACAAAAAAGCAUGAAAAAGCAAGUCCAUAUCUACUAAAUACAGCUUGUACAAUUGUGUUAAACUAAGAGGUGGAAGUCUAAAAUGAUAAAUGACGUUCCCCAGGUAAAUAGCAGAAGCCCCAUCCCUUAGGAUAUUUAAAAUGAGACCAGGCAAAACAUUAACAGACAUACAACAGGACACAGUCCUACAUAGUAUGGAGAUCAUCUAGAUGAAAUGAUCAAUUUCUUCCAACUCUAAUUUCUGGCAUCCUGAAUGAGAACAAGUCUCUAUAAUUAACAAGUCACACAGACUUUCCUCUUUAGUUCACAAUAAUUCAAGUUAUGGGCAUUUAAAUGUCAAAGACUCUGCUGCAUAAAGCUUUUAAAAUGAUCCAACUCAUGCUGGAGCAUGCUGUGAAAUCUCUUGGGUCAUUAGGAACACUGACACCAAUAAGUUAGACCAAAUUCAGAAAAAUAUUAGCAUGUUAUUGUAUGUUGCUACCAUUUCCAUAUGCUGAACAAAGUAGGCCUGACAGACUAAUGGGCUUAUUAUCACACUUUUCAUCCAUGGAUCUUUCAGCCCUUCACAAAUGUGGGCAUCAUUCUCUAUUUCACAAAUGAGGAAAGUAAGGACCAGAGAGGAAAAAGUAAUUUGCCCAAAAUAGCAUAGCAGAAAAACAGAACCAGGCUGUCCUGGCUCCACACUAGCCAGUAUCUUCUGAAAUAACUACCUUUAUAAUCAGUUAGAGGUAGAAGUGAAUGUCCAUCUCUUCUCCAGGUGAUGUUCUGCAGACUUCGGACACACCAGUGGUGUUUUAUUAUAUUCAACAUCAUGCUCUUCCAUGCUUUGCUGUUUGGAGGAGAUUUACUGGAGGAAUACUUUCUACAUUCGCUGCCUGUCACCUACACUGACAUGAAAAUUCUCAAAAUCAGGGAGAAGGCCAGGAAAUUAGACAUGGAUCCCCUAAAGACCAAUAUGUCCAAGUCUUACAUCAUCAGCAGUUCAGAGGUGUGCUCAGAUCAAGAGGUAUUUCUGCUUGUUAUUGCGUGCAGCAGCCCAGAAAACAGGACAAGGCGUAACCUGAUCAGACGAACCUGGGGUAACGUGACAGGCAUCAGGGGGUAUGCUGUGCUUAUUUUGUUUGCUUUAGGAAAGCCAGCUUCAGAAACCAUCCAGUUAGACAUCAGUGAAGAGUCUCAAAAGCAUGGAGAUAUCAUUGAAGGAAACUUCCUUGAUUCUUUUGAGAAUCAGACACUGAAGAUUGUGAUGAGCAUGGAGUGGACUGUAACAUUCUGUUCCACCGCAAGGUUUGUUCUCAAAACCGAAGAAGAAAUGUUUGUCAACAUUCCAAGUUUGGCUGAAUAUUUGCUCAGCUUAAGAACACAUCUUGAGGAUAUUUACAUUGGAAGGGUCAUUCAUCAAGAUAUGCCUGACAGAGACCCUCAAAGCCAGAGCUUCGUUUCUCUCAGUCAAUAUCAAGAAGAGUAUUACCCAGAUUACUGUAGUGGAACGGCUUUUGUCAUUUCCCAGGAUGUUGCUCGGAAGAUAUACGUUGUUGCCAGGGAAACACCAGUUUUUGUUCCUCCUGACGUCUUUGUUGGAAUCUGUGCUAAGAACGCUGGCAUCAUACCCAUUCAAAGUUCUAGAUUUUCUGGGAAAAAGCACACUAGAUACAAUCGAUGUUGCUACAAAUUCAUUUUCACCUCUUCCGAAAUGAAAGAUGAUGAGCUAUUUAAAGAAUGGAGGGAGAUAAGCGAUGGGAAAGACUGCACUUUACUGGAAACUUAUUAUGGGCUUGUGUCCUGCAGAGUCCUGACCUAUUUUGACAAGUUUAAACAUUUUAACAUAGAAACAAUAAAAAAGGAGGCUUUGCAUUUUACCAAUUAAGAUUUUAACUUCUCUAUGUGAAGAAACUGUACUUACACCUUUACCUGUCAUCUUCCCUGUUAGAAAGUUCAUCUGAUCUUUCGCCUUUUGCGUUGAACAUUUCCUCUCAAAGUUAGUUUUUAAAUGUGAAAGCUCCCCCCACC